AUGGAGCUUCCCAGCUACAGCAAGCAGCUGCUGCAGCAGCUAUACACUCUCUGCAAAGAGCAGCAGUUCUGCGAUUGCACCAUUGUCAUUGGGAAUGUUCAUUUUAGAGCACACAAGGUGGUUUUGGCUGCUGCCAGCCUGCUUUUCAGAUCCUUGUUGGACAGCACAGACACCAUCUCCAUCGAUGCUUCUGUGGUGACUCCUGAGGAGUUUGCACUUUUGCUGGAGAUAGUGUACAGUGGCAAACUCCCACUGGGCAAACACAAUUUCACCAAAGUUAUCUCCGUGGCAGAUAGUCUGCAGAUGUUUGAUGUGGCUGUUAGUUGCAAAAACCUCCUCAGGGACCUCAUCGGCUGUUCUACUCAGGACCAGGCAGUGAGAGAAGUCUCCAGCCAGGCAGCAGACUCAUCUGAAAACCAUGCUGAAGCUGAUAACCUCCCUCAGUCUGAAAAACCUGAUGGAGGAAGAACAGAUAUCCUCCUCCCUCGGAGAGUUUCCCCUUUUCGUGGCCCUGUAGAAGCAGAAAUGGAAGCAAAUGUUUCUCCUCCUGGCCAGGAACUUGGCAUGAAUCACACCUGGGCUCACCAGGACGCAAUGUCCAGUGACUCCAGAUCCCUCCAGGAGGAUUCCGGCUUUCCUCCUGAUCAGGCUGCCUGUGCCGAGCAGGGCGGCUGUGUGGAACAGGAGCUUGCUGAGCCUCGGGAGGAGAAGGGCGGAGUGAGGGAUUUAGCAGCAGAGAGCAAAAGCUGUAAACUGGAUUUCUUUCUUCGAUAUGAAAGUGUUUUCUGUGAGGCCCUUUCUGAUGCCCGAGCUGUGCUGAAAAGACUAGAAGAGUGCAGAGAAAUUGAUGCCUCUCAAAAGGAGGCUCUGGUUGCCUGUCUGGAGGAGGCAGGGGAACAGUCGGUGUUCAAGAAGCUGCUGAGCAAAGUGAAGGAUGCUCAGACCCUGGAUGCACAGACCCUCCUGGCUUUACUGAAGCUGUUUCAAAAUGUGAAUCCCAAGCUGAGGGCGGCUUUGCUGGAGAGGGAACAGGGCAGCGGAGAAGCCCUGCAGCAAACAGAGAGCACAGACGAGGGAGAGACGCUGACCGCUCGCUUGCUGGGAUGCAGGGAGGAGCUGAUCCAGAGCGUAACACAGCUGAGCCCCAUUGUUGAGUUCUUGGAGACAGCAGAAGAGGGAUUCCUGACCGCCUCGGAGAAGCGGGUAGUUUUGGAUUGCUGUGAAGGCAGCUCUCAGAGGGAAGCCAUGGACAAUCUGCUUAGGAAGGUGGAUGAAGAGAAAACCCUGAAAGUGGAAAGUUUGGUCAAACUUCUGGGGGCUGUGAAAGCAUCGUUCCCUGGUCUCCACCUUUUGCUAGACAACUUGGUGGCAACAGCAAAUGUCUCUGAUGGCAAAGCCAAAUGGACCCCAGAGGAUUACGGAGCCAAACUGUUGAGACGGUACCGAGAAAACUUAGUGGAGCUCCUCACAGAUACUCAGAAGCUGCUGCAGGGCAUCUCUGCUGCACAGAGCCUGGCUCCUGCUGAGAGAGAGGUGAUGGAGCAGGUUAUGAAGCGUGAGGCCAGCGGUUUUGCCUCCCUCGUGUCGGCAGCACUGGAGGAGCGAUCUUUGUCGGUCUCUGCUGUUUGGCAGCUGCUGCUAGCUGUGCGGGAACCUGCACCGCUGAACCUGCUCAUGGAGGAGAUCCGGAAACAACCCGGCGCAGAGUUUUUCUUCCAAGCAGUGGCCACCAGCGAGAGCACAGCCAUUGAAAUCAUCCUGCGGCACAGCAAACUGAUCUCAGAGGCCAUUCAGCAGAGAACGAACUUGGAGGGCUUGGCUCCAGGAGAGGCAGGACUCUCAGAAGCAGUAAAAGAGCUACUAAGUAUUUCUGCUCAGAAGGAAAGUUCAGAGGCCUCCUUGAAAGCAGCUCUGAGCACAGCCCGGGAGAAGUCUGUCCCAGCCAUCAAGAUCUGUCAGCUGCUGUGCAAUGUCCAUGAGUCCUUCCCAGACCUGCAGCCAGUGAUGCAGGAGCUGGGGCAUGUGGGUCUCUUGACUGAGGGAAGUGGGGAGAAACCUGGGAUCAGGAAGUGGAAGGUGAACAGUGAAUCCCAAGUUGAAGCUCUGGACAAAGAUGAGGACAAGCCAGGAGGUGCUGGUGCCAAGGAGCUGAAGGAACCCCAAGAAAAAGCUUCUUCCAAGAAGAGUUUUGUCUGCAAAGCCUGCAAUAAGACCUUUCACUUCUGCUGCCGCCUGAAGGUGCACAUGAAACGUUGUCGGAUGGCCAGAGGAAAGCAAAUCCAGUGUAAGGAGUGCAGCGAGGUCAAAUCAACACAGAAGGAGCUGGAGAAGCAUCAGCUGGAGGUCCAUGGGGUGGUGGGGACGGCCAAGAAGAAGAAGAAGCGUCUCCCUGUGGCAUGUAACAUCUGUGGCCGAGAGUUUGCUCAUGCCUCAGGGAUGCAGUACCACAAGCUGACGGAGCACUUUGAUGAGAAGCCCUUCUCCUGUGAGGAGUGCGGGGCCAAGUUCGCGGCCAACUCCACACUGAAGAACCACCUGCGGCUGCACACGGGGGACCGGCCCUUCGUGUGCAAGCGUUGCCUGAUGACCUUCAUGCAGGCCUCGGCCCUUGCCUACCACACGAAGAAGCAGCAUGCUGAGGGGAAGAUGUACGCCUGUCAGUACUGCGAUGCUGUUUUCGCCCAGUCCAUCGAACUGUCACGCCAUGUUCGGACUCACACAGGGGACAAGCCGUAUGUCUGCCGGGAGUGUGGGAAAGGCUUUCGCCAGGCCAACGGGCUCUCCAUCCACCUCCGGACCUUCCACAGCAUAGAAGAUCCCUAUGACUGCAAGAAGUGCCGUAUGAGCUUUUCCACCCUGCAGGAGCACCGCAAGCAUGUCCACGAAGCCCAUUCCCGGGAGUACCAUCCCUGCCCUACCUGUUCUAAAGUCUUCAGCGCCCCAUCACUCCUGGAGCGCCACAUGGUGACCCACGUUGGGGGAAAGCCCUUUAGCUGUGAGAUCUGUGACAAAGCUUACCAGCAGUUGUCAGGGUUAUGGUAUCACAACCGGACCCACCACCCUGAUGUCUUUGCAGCUCAGAAUCACCGCUCCUCCAAGUUCUCCUCCCUGCAGUGCAGCUCCUGUGACAAAACCUUCUCCAGCACUGCUGCUCAUCGAAAGCACGUCAGGGCAGAGCACACAGAUGUGAAGUUCCAUGAAUGUGAGACGUGCAAGGAGCUCUUCCCUACUCUGGCUCUCCUGCAGGUCCACGUGAAGUGCAGGCACUCAGGCUCCCAGCCGUUUCGUUGCUUGCACUGCUCAGCAUCCUUCCGUUUCCCAGGAGCCCUGCAGAACCACGUCACCAGUGAGCACUUCAAGCAGACAGAGAGCACCUUCACCUGCGAGCUCUGCGGGGAACUCUUCCCCUCCCAGCGUGAACUGGAGGGACACUACAGUGCUGAGCAUCCCAAGGUGGUCUUCUCCCAAGCCAGCAUGGCUCAGAUUGUGCAGGUGAUUCAGACGUCAGAGCAAGGAGCAGCAGAGCACAUCAUCUCUCUUGAUGACACCCAACUCACUGGCUGCCAAGUCUUUGUGACAUUGCCCGAAUCCCAGGUGAGCCAAACUGGCUCCGAGCUGGUGGCAGUGACUAUGCAGGACUUGUUUGAUGACAAAGUCACUCUGAUUUGUGAAGAAACCAAGUGA